GAAUAUUGCGAAUGGCUGUUUCCAAGCCCGCCUAUAAAGUUGCUGACAUAAAACUUGCCGAAUUUGGACGUAAGGAAAUUAUUAUUGCUGAGAAUGAGAUGCCCGGAUUGAUGGCUAUGCGAAAAGGAUAUGGACCACUGCAGCCGCUGAAGGGCGCUCGUAUUGCAGGAUGUCUUCACAUGACCAUUCAAACCGCUGUUCUCAUCGAGACUCUUGUCAAGCUCGGAGCCGAAGUGCAGUGGUCAUCGUCUAAUAUCUUCUCCACGCAAGAUCACGCUGCGGCAGCCAUUGCCGCCGCUGGCAUUCCAGUAUACGCAUGGAAGGCCGAAACGCUGGAGGAGUAUGACUGGUGCAUCGAGCAGACUCUGAUCUUCAAAGACGGUCAGCCUUUAAACAUGAUAAUUGAUGAUGGUGGGGAUCUCACGAAUAUGAUCCACCGGAAAUACCCACAAUACAUUCCCGGAAUUCGUGGGCUCUCCGAGGAGACUACCACUGGUAUUCACAUUCUCAGAAAGAUGGUUAUGAAGGGAGAGCUGAAGAUCCCUGCCAUGAACGUAAACGAUUCUGUCACAAAAUCCAAGUUUGACAAUCUUUACGGAUGUCGUGAGUCGCUUCCGGAUGGAAUCAAGCGAGCAACUGACGUCAUGCUUGCUGGAAAGAUAGCCGUUGUUUGCGGAUAUGGAGAGGUGGGCAAAGGUUGUGCUGCUUCUAUGAGAGCCUUUGGUGCCCGAGUUAUCAUCACCGAAGUUGAUCCCAUUUGCGCUCUACAAGCAGCGAUGGAGGGUUACGAAGUCACUACUCUGGAAGAAGCUGCUCCUCGGGCUAACAUUGUUGUUACCGCCACCGGAUGUAAGGAUGUUGUUCUGGGACAUCACUUGGAGCUUUUGCCCGAUGACGCUAUUACAUGCAACAUAGGACAUUUUGAUGUCGAAAUCGAUGUCAAAUGGCUUAAUAAGAACGCUGUCAGUAAAGAAAAUGUUAAACCGCAGGUUGACCGUUAUCUGCUGAAAAACGGCCGUCACAUCAUCCUCCUUGCGGAAGGCCGACUUGUGAAUCUCGGUUGUGCUACCGGACACUCAUCAUUCGUUAUGUCAAACUCCUUCACUAACCACGUACUUGCUCAAAUUGAGAUGUUCACGAAAUAUGGGACUGAAAAGCAAUAUAAAAUUGGACUCUACAUGCUGCCAAAAAAGUUGGAUGAAGAAGUUGCUGCUCUCCAUCUCCCAAAACUCGGGGUCAAGCUUACCAAGCUUACUGAUGAACAAGCCGCUUACAUUGGUGGCGCCACGCCGCGUACUAUUUGCACAUGCCUCCCAGAUCGCCGCUUAGCGGCAAGCUCGGCUUCUGUUCGCGGAAUGUCGUGCUCAGCCAUUUUUAUUUUGGAUCUCAAAGGAAAUGUGAUUGUUGCACGCAACUACCGCGGAGAUGUCGAAAUGUCUUGCAUCGAGCGGUUUAUGCCGCUUUUGGUUGAGAAGGAGGAUGAAGGCAUACACUCGCCUGUAAUCCAAGCCGGUGAUAUCAGCUACACUUAUAUAAAACACAUGAAUCUAUACCUCGUGAGUAUAUCAAAGAAGAAUAUGAAUGCAGCUCUCGUGCUUUCUUACCUGUACAAGUGUGUUGAGGUUUUCUGCGAAUAUUUCAAAGAUCUUGAGGAAGAGUCUGUUCGAGACAAUUUUGUGGUGAUUUAUGAGCUCUUUGACGAGAUGAUGGAUUUUGGAUAUCCGCAAACUACGGAGAGUCGUAUUUUGCAAGAGUACAUAACACAAGAAGGACAUCGUCUCGAGAUUGCCCCACGGCCACCGAUGGCAGUCACAAAUGCAGUGUCAUGGAGGUCAGAUGGAAUCAAGUAUAGGAAGAAUGAAGUCUUUCUAGACGUUAUCGAAAGUGUCAACAUGCUGGCUAACGCAUCAGGAACAGUGUUGAGAAGUGAAAUUAUUGGCUCGAUAAGGAUGCGCGUAGUUUUAAGUGGCAUGCCGGAACUGCGUCUUGGUCUGAACGACAAAGUGAUCUUCGAGCAGGCUUCUGUCGGUGCUCGAGGAGGGAGAAGUGGGAAAGGUGUUGAAUUAGAGGACGUAAAGUUCCAUCAGUGUGUUCGUCUGUCAAGGUUUGAAGCUGAGAGGACAAUUUCAUUCAUACCUCCUGACGGAGAGUUUGAACUAAUGAGUUACCGUCUUACAACUCAGGUGAAACCACUGAUCUGGGUAGAAACUGUAGUGGAGAAACAUACACACUCUCGCGUUGAGUACAUGGUGAAGGCUAAGUCUCAGUUCAAGCGACAAUCUAUCGCUAAUCACGUUGAAGUGAUCAUUCCUGUCCCAUCGGAUGCUGAUUCCCCGAAGUUCAAGACAAGCGUGGGCUCGGUGAAAUACGUACCAGAACUCAAUGCAUUCGUAUGGACCAUUCGCAGCUUCCCUGGUGGCCGUGAGUAUCUUAUGCGAGCUCAUUUUUCGCUGCCCUCUAUCAUGAGUGAAGAAGUUGAAGGGAAGCCACCAAUGCAAGUAAAGUUUGAAAUACCGUACUACACCACGAGUGGACUGCAGGUGCGAUAUCUGAAAAUCAUCGAAAAGAGUGGCUAUCAAGCAAUGCCGUGGGUUAGGUACGUUACUCAAAAUGGCGACUAUCAGCUCAGAAUGACAUGAGAGAGUGCCACUCUUUUUGAAUUUUUGCACGAUAGCCACUACGUCUAGAAAGCCUCUUCUUGCUUUUUAUGGUGUUUUCCUCUCCUUUCUUCACUUACUAUUCAUCUUGAAUUAAUUAGUGUGAUAUCAAGUUGUUGUGAUGGUCUUGGCAGCUCUUCGAAGAUCGAUGUUGCAAGCAACUCUAAUCAUUUUCUUUUUCUCUUUUUUCUCGAGGGACCCUUAUAACCUUAUUAUCUACACUAUACAAUGUAUACUUUUUCUAUUUCAUCUGGUCCAGGACCUAAUCUUGUGAUUCCUCCCAUGUCAGUUGUGAUCCUUUUGAAUGCCUUAACAGAGUUGAAGUUUAUCAA